AAAAUCUAUGCGGACCGAUAGAUUAUCAUGGUAGUCAUCCUGGAAUUGAACCAAUGGCUGUAUCUUCCCCAUCAUCAAGUAGCAUACCACACUCUGGUACUGCCUUCCUACCAGGAUUCUUGAUGGGGGAUCCUAUGCCCACAGCAUCUACUGAUUUAAGAGGGCCAUGUCCUACACCCCUUUCAGCCUCUUUUUCAAGAACUCCAAUGCAGAAUUCAUUGGGUUCUGCCAGUCAGCUGCAGUCCCAUGGAGGAGGGGGAAGUUUCUUCAAUUUCCAGUCACCCACCCCAGCAUCCCCGGCUCAAAUCGAUCCAUUUUAUACUCAAGGUGAUGCAAUAUCAUCAGAUGAACAACUGAAUGACACCUGGGUAACUGUAUUUGGUGUGCCAUCAGCUGCUGUAUCAUUUAUUAUUCAACAAUUUUCUCAGUAUGGAAAUAUAGUCAAGCAUGUGGUGGCUAGUAAUGGUAACUGGCUUCAUAUACAAUACACAUCUAAGAUUCAGGCAAAAAAGGCAUUAAGUAAGAAUGGCAAGAUAUUUGGAAAUAGUAUUAUGGUUGGUGUGACUCCAUGUAUAGACAAGAGUGUGAUUGAUGGAACUAGUUGCCAUUCAAACCGUAACCAAUCAUCAUCAACCCUUCACUUGGACUCCCCAACACCAAAAACACCUAUUCGACCUCUCACCUCUGCAUAUAAAACUGUCAGCAGUGAAAUUGAAGUUGUACCAGACAGUAACACUCCUAAGAAAUCUAACAACGUAAUUACUAAAACAAUGGAGUAUAUGUUUGGAUGGUGAGGAUCAUCAGAUACAACAACUGGACAUUAUUUUUUCCCCAUGACUCAGUGGUCAAUAUCAUAGAAACUGUUUUUUUAACUCAACUGUUCUACUGUUAACAUCAGAUGAUCUCAUUUUAUUGUUUUUUAACAUUAUAUAUUUAAUUUUAAGUAUUAUUAAACACAGCACAAUAAUGCAGUUAAUAAUAAAAAGGAAAUGCUGUUGAAAAUGGCAACUCGAUUCCAAGGUUCAGAAGCGGUUGUGAGAGAUACAUAUACAUAUAAAUAUUUUUUAUCCUUAUAUAGCGUUUUAGAUUGUUUACGUUUUAUAAUACUACAAUCUCUAUUCAGUUUCCUAAUAUAGUAUUGGUUAGAAUUUGUAGGGGACAAAAAUAAAGUAAACUGUAAGGAAAAUUUUGAGAACACUAUAUUAUUCAUGUUAAUUUAUGCCUUUUUCUUCUUUUAGGCAAGAUUUUGAAAAAUCUUUCCAAUCUAUAACAGGUUUAAUCAUACACUAUUCUCAUUUAGCAAUGUGUGCCCAGAGGUUGAUUAAAGUAUAACUAUGAUAGUAUUAAUUUUAUUAUUAGACAUUCAAAUCAGUUCGCUCUCUGUGGGGUGAAGUGAUAAAUUAUUGUACUUCAGAAUGCAUAAAUAUUGAGUCAAUUUCAUUUUGAAUUAUAUUUAUACAGCAAUCAUGUUUUAUAAGAUCAGACUGUAAGAAUAAGGUCAUUGGUAAAGAUAUAUAAAUACAUAUAUAGAGGCGUGUACUGUAUUUGUUAAUUGCCUCAGUCACUAUGAGAAUUCAGUUUUAAUAACCUUAUGCGCUUUUUCUGUGCAUGCAGUUUGAAUAUUAAUAAAGAAAUUGUACAUUUA